UACGCCGCAUCUUUAAAUCUCUCUCUCAACGGAGGAUUUGGAUUUGCGUUUGAUGUGAUGGAGUUCUUCCGCCGGUGGACGCGGGAGGAGGACAAGGCGUUCGAGAGGGCGCUGGUGGCGAUUCCUGAGGGAGCACCGAAUCGGUGGUUGCUGAUCGCGGCGCAGGUUCCCGGGAGGAGCCCGGGGGAGGUGUGGGAACGCUACCGGCUGCUGGUAAACGAUCUCGAGAUGAUCGAGCGCGGGGAGGUGGAGACGCCCUGGCAAUGGGACGACGACGACUACAACAACGCCGACGACGACGACGACGCGGGCGAGAGCUCCGACGCCCCUGGGACCUCCAACGCCCGCCGUCGCCAGAUCUCCUUCAGCCGGGGCCGCGGCGAGGAGCGCCGCCGGGGGAUCCCCUGGACGGAAGAGGAGCACCGGUUGUUUUUGGACGGGCUGGCCAAGUUUGGGAGGGGUGAUUGGAGGAACAUUUCGAGGUGGGCGGUGAAAACAAGGACGCCAUCUCAAGUGGCCAGCCAUGCUCAGAAAUACUUCAUGCGCCAGGGCCACAAUGCUAGCAAUAAAGAGUCUAAGAGAAAGAGCAUCCAUGACAUCACGAAUCCUUGAAAAAAUCAUAUAGCAAGUCAAUCUCUUUCAUUC